CGCAUCAACUUGAGCAUUGUUUACUGUUUUUUCUUCUGACCAAAUCAGUGCAGCAGAGGCAGUAGCUAGCCCGCUAGUCUGGGCAAGCAACUGGUGUAUCCAUCUUAGAUAAUUUUCUGCCAAGCACCAUCUUCAUAUAAUUAAUCCAAGUCAACUCUUGAAUUUCUGAGUGGUGUACAUUCUACACAAGGUUCUUCCCCCCUUGCACUUCCUCUCAUUCGUAGCAAAUUACUGAUCCUCUUCCUGAUUUAUGCUUUGCCUGUGAAACCCUAUUUCUCUCUUCCAGAAAUGGCAUUUGCUGUUGCUGAGGCUAUCCUCAAGAAGUUGGGUCCCUUAGCUACUGAACAAGCAGGCCUCCUCUGGGGUCUGAAGAGCGAGGUUUUGAGACUGAAGAGCAAGGUUACUUCCAUGCGGGCUGUGCUGUUGGAUGCAGAGGAGCUAUCUGGCUUCAAUAACCAAGUUCGAGUCUGGUUGGAUGAACUGAAACAAGUCUUUUACGAGGCUGAAGAUUUACUGGAUGAUUUCUCCACGGAAGCUCUGUUGAGGCAACAACAGGUGUAUAGCGAUGGCAAUGUCAGUUUGAGUGAGAAGGUACAACUAUCAUUUUCGAGUUUCAACCAAUUGUUUAGUGGUCUCGUGAUGGCUCAUCGGAUUAAGGCCAUAAGGACCAAACUAGAUGAGAUUGAUGAAAAUCGGAAGAUGUUCAACCUUCAAACGCGACUUGAGGAGAAAUCUUUUGCUCUCAGCAAGAUCGGCAGGCAGACUGACUACUUCGUCCCUGAUGUGUUUAUUGGGAGAGAAGAAGAUAGUGCAAAGAUAAUAAGCUUGUUGUUAUCGACCGACAAAGGGUUGAAAGUUGAAGUUAUUCCAAUUCUUGGUAUAGGGGGUCUGGGGAAAACAGCACUGGCGCAACAUAUUUACAACGACAAGAGUGUGAGCUCUUAUUUUCAGCUUAAAAGUUGGGUAUGUGUUCCAGAUAAUUUUGACGAAACAGUAUUGGUCAAAAAUAUUUUGGAGUCUUUGACUGAAGACAAAGUUAGAGAUCUUCAAUUGCAAACUUUGAAGAGUAAAUUGAAGAAGAAAAUGGAUAAUAAGAAGUUCUUUUUGGUGUUAGAUGAUGUUUGGGAUAAAGGUAAUUACGAGAGCAACUGGGACAGUUUCAUGAGUUUUUUGUGGAAUGUCGGCGCAAUGGGGAGUAAAAUCAUCAUAACUACACGUAUCGGAAGUGUUGCAAAUUUUAUGGCGACUAAAGGGGUUGAACCACAUGAGUUACAAGGAUUAAACAAACAAGAUUCAUGGGCUUUGUUUAAACAUAUAGCAUUCAAGAGAGAAGUACAGGAAGGUGAUGGAAGGUUUGUACGGGCAGGAGAAGAGAUUGUGGGAAGAUGUAUUGGAGUUCCUUUGGCUAUAAGGUCGAUGGCUGGCGCAUUGUCGUCAAAGAGAAAUGUGGUUGAUUGGGAGGCUUUAAGAGACAAGCAAGCACGACUAGAUAGGGUUGGGAAUGAUAAAAGGAUUUUGGAAACUCUAAGGUUGAGUUACGACAACCUGCCUUCUUACUUGAAACCCUGUUUUGCUUAUUGUAGCUUGUUUCCAAAAGAUUGUGAGAUUUCCAUAAGAAUGUUGGUACAACUGUGGAUGGGGCAAGGAUAUAUUGAUUCUAGCCAAUCAUCAUCAUCAAAUCUAUAUGACAGUGGAGUUGAAUAUUUCAAGAUUAUGCUAUCAAAGUCCUUUUUUCUAGAGUCGUCCGUAAAUAAAUUGGGUGAUCUGGUGGUUUGUAAAAUGCACGACUUGAUGCACGAUCUAGCUCUGGAAAUUGCAGGGAAAGAGAACUUCACUUUGAAGGCCUCAACUUCAAUGGUCAAUGAUGAUGUCAACUUCGAUAGGCUUCUCCACUUGUCAUUCGAUUUUGAGAACCUACAAAGAGAGUCAUGGCAAGUUCCAGAUUUGUUACUUAAGCCAACAAAAGUGAGAACUCUUCUUCCUACAAAUUUGUAUCGAUUUGGUAUGAAUGGAUGGGGAGGAACCCAAUAUGGGACAAUCUUGUCUAAUAUGACUAGUCUGAGAGUUCUAAGUUUCUCUGAGACAGGUAUGAAGAUUGUCCCACCCUCCAUCCACAAAUUGAAGCAUCUGAGGUAUCUAAAUCUUUUUGGAAAUGAAAUGAAGAUGCUACCUGAUGAGAUCACAAAAUUGGUGAACUUGCAAGUGCUCAUCUUAGACUAUUGUGGACAGCUUCAGGAACUGCCAAGAGACAUUGUGAAGUUGUCUCAUCUUGAGUGUCUUAGCCUUGAUGGUUGUUGUGCUUUGAGAGGCUUACCAUCUGGGAUCAGGAAACUCGCUUGCUUGAAAGAAUUGUCCACAUUCGUAGUGACAACGGUAGCUCACUUAGAAUCAGGAGCCACCGCUGCCAAAUUUAGCGAGUUGAAGGAUCUCAAUCUAAGCGGGAGGUUGACAGUUACGAAUCUGGAAUCGUUGAAGGAGAAGGCUGAAGCGGAGGCAUCAAGUUUAAAAACAAAGCCAAAUCUUCGAGCCUUGGAAUUGAUGUGGGAUAGUGAUCAAGAGGCUAGUGCUGCUGGGGAUUUCAGGACACUAGAGGCGUUGGAGCCACAUGAAAAUUUGAAAGAGCUGAUGAUAAGGGAAUACAGCGGAUGCAGUCUACCCACCUGGUUUUCUAGUUCUCUCAAGAAUGUGGUGAUAAUCCGUCUGGAAUGCUGUGUGGGACUGCGAUAUCUGCCAUCGCUGGGUCCACUGGUUUCCCUUGAAGAACUGACGUUGCAUUUUCUAACCCACUUAGAGUACAUACAACAUGAUGAGGCAUUUGCAGCACCAUCAUCAUCUACUUGUAACAACAACUAUAAUACUGUGCAAUAUCUUCCACGCCUCAAGUCUCUCUCCAUUACAGGUUGCAGUAACCUGAUUAGCUGGUGGUCGACCACAAAGAUAGAGGUGCCACUAUUCCCUUGUCUUUCCUCUCUUGACAUUUCUUACAGUGAGAAACUGGUAUCCAUUCCUCGGCUUUCGGUGCACGUUGAGACGGUUGGGUUAUUGAGUGUAAAGAGUGAGCUGUUGGGUGAGUUUGCUGCCUCACUUCCUCCACCCCAUUGCUCGACACAAUCCCGAUUCAAAUCACUUAGAAUCGAAUGGGUGGAAGGUCAAAGAAUGUUGGUGCCAGAGCUUCUGUCACAGCUUGUUUCGCUUGAAUACCUGUGUAUACAAUUUUGUCCAAACUUGAUGACUCUGUCUCCACCACCAGCUGAUAUGCCUAGUCAACAAAAUGUCACCUCCCUUCAGAGUGUUACUAACAACAACAUGGCUCCACUGUAUGCCCUUCCAGCCCUGCUUCGCUUUGAGAUAAACUCCCUCCAUAGUUUGGAGUGUCUACCAGAUUGGCUUCAACAUUCCUCUAAGUUGCAGCUUCUGGAUGUAACUUUUUGUGAUGAUCUUGUGUGUUUACCGGAGUGGCUCCCGAAGCUCACAGCGUUGGAGAAUUUGGAAGUACACUCAUGUGCUCGUUUAUCACCUAGGUUGGAAAGCAGGAUGGCUGAGGAUUGGCCCAAAGUAGCUCGCAUCCCAAAUAUCAAAAUCAAUGGUAGAAUGGUUCAACGGAAUGGUAACUACUUGGCAGUAGAAGAAGAAGAAGAACAAGAAGAUCAAUACCAAGAACAAGAAGCGGAGGGGGGAGAAGAAGAUCAAGAACUACCCACAGGCACCCAGUUUUCAAGGAUGUUGUCAAAUUGCAUAACAAGGCUGACUUGCAACAUGUUCCACAGAUGUUUUCUUUGCUAACUACAUUCUGCAUGCAUUUACCUUGAUGGUUAACUAUUAGGUGGGUUUUGAGUUUCUGAAGAUCACAAUUCUCGUGUCUAUACUGAAUAUCACUGGCUUCUUGCCAUUUAAACUGAAAAAGUUAAGGGUUGAACUUAAGGUGGGUUUGUGUUCUUAGUCGCAGUUGAAUUAGUUAUAAGACAACAGGAACUACUGGCUGCUGCUUUUUCCAUGGCUGCGAAAAGAACUUUUUCAGCUCCCAGCUCAGUUAGCUAUACUGCUGCCCAAGAAGAACUCAACAGCUUUUAUGUGAAUCAACUUCUCCAUUCAAUCGAAGUAAGUAAUUAAUAGAUGGGAUCAACUGAUUUCUUACUGCAGCAAUUCAAAGUUGUAAGAGACUGCAAUUUACUUGUGUGUUUGCAAGCUGCAAUGCGAAGGGUCUGUGUGCCUGUGGAUAGUGUGCAUGCUGUUGAGCUUCUCUAGCCUGCUCAAGUAUUUGGCUAAAGUUAAUAGCACUUGAACUUGAAAGUUAUAGUGUCUUUAUUCCAAUAAGACUGUACUCUGCAGUUGUUUGAUUAUUUAGAGUGCCGUUUGGAUGUUAAGCAUUGCUGAAAGGAUGUUUCGUUUUUAACUUCUAGCCUUACCCAAUUAAGGGUGUAAUAUGCAGCGACUGUCUCUGGGUUGAUAUAGAUGAUUUUCAUUGAGCGCCAUUAUCUCUUGCCUGAUGUGCUUUGUUGUCAGUAAGAAAAGUUCAAGUAUAGGGUGGUGUUUGAUCGUGUCGUUCUUUAAGCAUCGUGGUGGUUGUGAAAUUUUCCCUUCUUCCUCUUUUAUCUUUCGGGUUCUCGUGGAGGGGGUUUGGGAAGGUAAGUUUAUGGUGAAAACUAGGGAAAUUGCUGGGUUUGAAUAUCGAUUAAGUGUAUCAAACUUUUGCCUCAAACUUCAUGAUGACUUUUGCGUUUGUUGCAGACCCAAGAGUGGGAUUGGAUAACAGGAAACCAGAACUGGCUAUAAUAAUGGCUUCAGAAAACCUUAAGCUAAUCUGCAAAUUUGCAAGCCCCCUCCUGCAUUCUGCACUGAUCGAGUAAUCUGGAAAGUCGGACGUUGAACUCCAGAUGUUAACUGGGUUAGAGACUUUUCAAGUACAUUACCUUCUUCUGUCAAACUGAAACUCAAACGAGAUUCAAGACUGCUCGAAAAUUGCUCACUUUCUAAAUGUUGUAAUCAGUGGGAGAUGGAUCGAGCGGAGGAGGAAGAAGAAGGAUCAGAUAAAGAGAAACAACAAGAACAUGGCCACCGAGAAGUGACCUCAGGCCCCCAGUCCUCGAGGUAAACAUUCUUCUUAGCACAGCUUUAUCUCAUCCCUUUCUUUUGCAGGCUGCAGUGUUGAACUUACAUCAUGUUGAUUCCUCUGUCUCCACAACAUUGUUGCUGAAUUGAGGGGAUAUUAAAGUGUUAGAAUAACUUUGUUGGUGUUACUGCAGGUUGUCGGAUUGCGAAGCCGAGACUGACUCGCAAGCUUUUCCAAAGUUGUUGUCUCUGCUAGUAGCAACAGCACAUCUUAAAUCUUAAAAAAUAUUAAAGCAUUUUGAUUUUAGACCCCUAGCCACGUAAUCCCAAAUGAGAGGAGAGGCUGUCCACGUCACUAUCUAUCUUUCUCCUUUUCCCUUUAUUUAUUUGUUUCCAGUUUCCACCGCAAGCGGCCAAAAUUUCUUUCCCUCCAGGAAAACUGCCUUCACUUCUUCCUUCCUUCUCCUUAACUGCCAGAGACUUCCUUCUUCUUAUCUUUUCUUACGUAUUCCCCACCGCCAACUUCCCUUAGCACAUCGUUCUAUCUUCUUUUCGACCGGAAAUCUGAAAAACGUGACCUCCUCCAACCUUCAAUUGCACUGAAAAAGUCACCUCAGUCGAGGCGUUUGAAAUUGUUUGCCAUUGAAGGUCGAUUGGCUGCGACAACAACGGCGUGCGGAUGCAAGGAACGAUACAAAGAUAUGACGAUUCAUAUCCAGGCAGGCCGUGGAAACGAAGUGGACGACUCCCUGCGACUUCCGACAAUGGGUAGGAGAGGCAGAGGGUAAGGAAUUCCGAUAUGUGGACAUAAAACGAGUUUGACGAGGGAGAUGGAGGUCACGGCAGCGGCGACAUGGUGCUACAGAGAGGAAUGAUUGGUUUUUAUUUAAGCCGAAAUUUGUCUUUUACAGGUACACUUUAUUCUCUUAAUAUAACCACUAGGGUUUAAUUUUUACAGUGAUCAUGAUAUGAAAUCUUGAUUUGGUUUAUUGCACCAAUAAUGAAUAAUAUUCAAUGGCAUGCGUUUAGUUUUUAUAAGGAACACACAUCUUACUUAGUAUAUGUGAUUCAAAUGUAGUGUUUGACAUUUAACAUUGAUUAAUGUAUCAUGUUUAAUAUGUUAAUUUUUCGUGUUUAAAUUGGCUAUUUUAAACAUAAAGUUGUACAACGAGAUUUUGCCAACUCCUUUGAAGACAUGCAUAAAAAUUAGGGGGAAUUAAUUAUAUGUACAUGCGAAUAAUGUUAGUAGAAGUUUUAACAUGUUCAUAAAAUAAUUAGAAAUUUUGAAAUUUUAUAAGCAUAUUAUGAAAUGAAAUAUAACACAUGAAAUUUACCCGGCCAACAUGCCGGGAACAAAGCUAGUUCUGAUUAAAGGGGAACAUGGUCGCUCAUUUGUUCAUCAUGGAUCUUGUCUCGAAGGCUUCACAAAUCACAAAUAAAAAAUGUCUUCCUACAUUCUCCACAGUCGGCGUCUCAUGUAAAUUGGCGCGAAUAAUUUAAGCUCUUCUGUGGGCUGGGCUUCCAUGGGCUACAAAGCCAAUCUCCGUUAGGGACCAAUUAAUUGGAACUUACGAGCAUUGUUUUGGGCUGAAAUAGAUGAAACUAUUAUAGGCUGUUGUGGGCCUUCACAUGGAUUUCGGCCUACAUGUUUUAUGGCCUUGUUUCCCCCUCUAAUUUUAGCUCGAAUUGGAUUGAACUGAGAUUAAAUAUCAUUUUCCCAAUAAAUCAUUAGUCUUCUGAUUAUCUCUGACUUAUAUAUAGCUAACAAUAGUUAGUUACUGAUGAAUAAUGUUUCAGCCUGAGAACUACCUGAAUACUGAAAUAUGCGAUAUACAUUUUUUUUCUUCUAAAUAUGGUGACACUACAGUAAUGGUACUCUACAGUAAUUUGAAAAAUGGUACUCUACAGUAAUUUUUAAUUGAUAAAUCAUAAUAUCCUAAUUCUCUAAAAUCAUAAGACCAAUUAAUCAAAAACAACAUAACAAUUAACGAUAAGAUCAUUAGUAGUACGCUAGCUCGCACUCGCAACGAUAACAACAUCAUAUGAAAUCUGAAAUCAUAUAAAGUGGUUAUAGAGUUGUUUUGGGUGGUUGGUUGGUCAACCAAAUACAUUUUGGGGGGUGAGGUAGCAGGUUGUAGAGUAUAUCUGUGACUGUUAGUCUCACAAAACAUCAUUGGUCGAACCCAAUAAAAAAAACAAUGGGGAAACAUUCAUAAUUGGAAUUUUCCUUCUCAAAAUGACAUUUUUUCUUCCUUCUAACUCUCUAAAGAACUCAUCAUCAAGAGGGUUGACUCUACCUGUAAAUUGGUAUUUUUAUGAACAGCCCAAAUUGCUCUAAAUAAUCAGCAGGUGGGGAGUUGGUUUUGUGUCAAUGGCAGAUGGUAUCAUCAUCUGGUGCUGGUGUUUCAAAAACUUGGCAAUGUAAUGUCAUGAUGACAGGGACGACUCAUAUGACUUGGAUAAAGUAAAACCAAAAGUCCCAACGUAAUGGCUGAUUCAUGCCCAUAAUUUGUAUUUGUAUAGUGUAUUUUUAUGCCUUCUCAUAUCCCAACUUGCCUACUCUCUAUGAAUAUUUGUAUUCAUAAGCACUCAAUACAACUAUGGAAUUAGCUAAUAGCUAGCUAGUAACAUGCCUUCAAUUCAUUCUAGCCCGUUGAGGGCAUCAAGUUUGAAAUUAUAGUAAAACAAUUGUAUGAUUUUUUAUUUUUUUUUUGUAUGUGACUAUUAUGUUAUCAUUUAUUGGUGGGUCUGGAGUCUGGACGAUAGAAUGAGACCAAUACUGUAUGUACAUCGUCGGUUAAAAGAAAUUUGGGUUGAACAUUUUUAGAACGGAGAUGAACAAAGUUGGGUGUUUGGAUCUGACUGUGAUCGCUAUAUGCUCGAAAUUAUGAUCUGCAAUUAAUAUUCCAUAGGUUCUUAAAACCACCUGAGAAGACUAUCUCACGAUCGUUAUCAAGUCAAACAUUAGUAUUUUGUAAGAGUUAAGGUGAUGAAAGUCGUUAACAAUUGCUCGUGUUGGGUGAACAUGAGAUGAUAUUUAAAUUUUUAACGCAAAACACGAAUUUGCCCUCUAGUUGGUUGAACGCUCAUGUCAACAUAGUUGGACGUCUACCCCAAACCGACUACAAUUAACGUUUCAUAUCUAGACGUCUGAACGACCCCAAGUCCAUGUGCAUUUGUGCUUCAACCUUAAUCGAUCAAGGAGUUCAACUUCAAUGUCGUCUUGGAUUGUCUGUGUUUGAAGUAGCCCACUGAAGGGUGUGCACCGAAUUGGUUUAUACCAAAUCGUAUCGGACCGAAUAUGAUAUGGUUCGAUCCUUCGUGAAUUUUAUAAGUACUUAAGAAAAAUAGACCAAAUUAACAUUUAGAUUGGACAAAACUGGACCGAAUGCAUUAUUGAUCCGAUCCUUGAUCCUAAAUUGUCUUUUACUAUUCAAUGGAACUUUCCUUGAUUUUCUUACCAAAAUCAACAAUGUUGGAGAUCGUCAAGUUUUACCAACUUAAAAUGAAUUAAUUAAUCGAGUUUGAUUAAGUAUGUCUAUGAGCUCUAAUAAUCGAUAAAUCAAUUAAUUAAUCUUCUAUCUUUUCAUUUUGAUAUGACAUUGUGAUGAUCCUUCAGCCAAAAAUGUGUGCACACAUAGACAUAUAUAGUGACCCAUAAAGCAAUAAGGCAUUAGCGUGGCUUUCAAGUUUUCUAUUUGGCAAUUAAAGUGCAAUUAAUUCCCCCUUCAUCAUUUCCCAAAUCACAUAACAGGAGGAUGAUAGAUGAUGGAAGCCUAACACACCCAAGGCCAGCCUAUUGAAAGCUGCUUCCAUGGGGAAUUUCCCAUUUUGUUUCUCAUGAUUGUGGAUUUGCUUUCAUAUGUACAGAAUUGUGUGAUAUAAUGUCAAAAGUUAAGUCAUUUUUCUCGAGACAUGGAAUCUCGGUUUUGAGAAAUGUUGAAAUAUAAAUUUUAAGUAUGCUUAUUGUGUUUUUUAAACUAUCGUCAUUUGGACAAAAAAUCUAUCGUAUCAAUAAAACUAUCGUUCUUAUUCACAAAAAGGUCGACCGCUCAUAAGUUGCAGUCGACCUAAUAAUGAAAAAGUCACCGUGACAUAGAAAAAAGGUAGAUCGCUAUUGAAAAAUGAUCGAUUGGUUACGGUAAAUGGUCGAGCUCUUCCGACAAACGAUCGACCGCUUCCAACAAAUGGUUGACCGGAUGAUACAGUUACUUCUAAUUAUAGUCGACAAAAUCAUGGAUAAUAGGAGGCUUAUAAAACGAAAUUUCUUAGCAGUAAUACAAACAACAUUUCACCCAUGAGAAGUCAAAUCUCUACGAAGACUAUCACCAUGGAAAGAAAGAAAUAACACACAAUUUAACACUUCUGGACCUUGAAGAUGGUAUGAUUGUAUAACAAUGCUAUCCUACUUUUUAAGUCUCUUCGUAAUGACAAUGAAACCCGCACCACCACAAGUCAAUUACAAAGCUUUAAACCCAAACAAUAGUAAGUUUGAAGGAAAGAUAAAAGCUUGUAUAGAGUAAGUCAAAUCUAAGAAAUAAACUUACAUAAUAGUUUCCAAAUCUCCGCAAAUCUCCACAAGAACAAUCACUCAAGAAACCUCUCAUGUAUGCUCCAAUCUUUGUACUCACUUCAACUCUCUUACCAACACGCAUAUCCAUUAUCAGUGAACGUCUACAAUCAAAUAGGUUGAUUUCAUUAAUAACGGUUCAUUCGAUCGACUGAUUGCCAAGAGCCCAAGAGCUAUCAACCAUUUCCCAUAAAAGAUUGACCGUUUUCUCCAGGUCACUGUAACUUGUAAAUCACCAUAGCAAAGUCCUAAAUUUUAUACCAAAGGUCUUACAUCAUAUAUCUAAACACUAGCUAUUUUUAUAUCAUAUCUUGUAAUAUGUAUUUUGAGUAUGAAGAUUGGAAUUUUAUUGCAAGCUAUAUAGAUACCAACUCGCUACAUGAUUGUGCAUUCUAUAAUGGUCAUCAUUGUUGUUCGUCGAUAGUGCUGUUAAAACAAGAUAUGUUAGGUUCGGACCAACCAAAAUAAAUUAUGAGAAAAGAAAUGAAAACGAACACAUUAGGUUUAACUGCUGCAAUAUUCAAAGUAGUUGUUAUAGAACACAAUACUAAAGAUAUGGAGUUGUUCACAUUUACCACUAUAAAAAAAAGACAGUCAGUGCAUCUAUUUGUUGGGUGUCUUUUGUCACUGAUGCCUAUGACAUGAACAAUACAAUCACGAAUAUGCUCUCGAGUUUAAUUUUUACUGUUCGUCAUUUUUAAAUAAAUCUCUUUGCAAUAAUUAUUACAAAAUUUAUUUGUUUGAAUCACUCAGUAUUCUCGUAAAUUUGACACAUGUCUAUGCAGAUCGUCAAAAUCACAUUUCUUUGUUGUGUUAUAUUAUUAAUGAAAAUGGGUUGGUCACAGUCAAAGUUUGAAGCAUUUUGUGCAUGGAAUUAAAAAUACUUUGUUUGAUUAUAUAUGUCUAUAAGAUGAUGGGUAGACGGAGGCUUAAUCAUACCCAAAAAAAAAAAAAAAACCAUACAUCCUUAUCAUGCUGGCUGUCAUCUUUACUGUUAUAUAACUUACGAGAAUAGAAAAAGGAAGAAGCUUACUAAACUAAAUUACCCAAUUUCCCUGAUUAGAGAUGACCAAUAUUCCAUGUUAAUAAAAUUAUUCCUUUAUUAGUUUAGAAUUUCCAUUCCAAUCCCAAAUCAUCAUCAACACAGAAACUUUGCAACCACACCACUCUCAAUACCAUCACUACACCAGCAGCGCUGCAUGAAGCCAUUGAACAAGUUAGUCGUAACGAAUUAAUUUAUCCUAUGAUCCCGUGUUAAAUACAGAGUUAAAAUUCUCGCUAUAUAUAUUAACGCCGGAUAGAUUAUUUUGGACGAUCAUGAAAAUUUUAAAAUCAUGUUAAAUUUCAAUUUGUUGGGAAAAUGAGCUGUUUAUUUAUGAAUCCUAAAAAUACUAUGCGCUAGCUGUUUUUUUCUUUGCAAUUAGUGAAUAUAUAUGUAGAAGAUCACGAUAUAUCUGUGUGGGAAAAAGAAAGUAGAUUUAACUUUGCUGUAGUUUCUUAGAAAUCUCAAUCUGAAAUGGGAUGGCUUUAAUAAUAAAUUCACAUUUCAACCGUGGAUGGAUGGGAUAGAAAACGAGAUAUCUUUCUGGUUUCCCAUACUAUACUAUGCUAUCUAUCUUAUAUAAAUCAAACCAUGGGGGGGAAAAAAAACCCGACGAGCCAUCAAUAAUAAAAGAAAAAAUACACUGAUUUACGUGAUUUACUAAUGUAAUAUGUGUCAGCUGAUUCGCAAGUAGGAAAAAUCAAUUCCGUCAUGUUGAGAAGAGUAUAGAUUACAAACAGGACAAAACAUGAUUCAUUUAUAAACACCCUAAUCCAUCCAUAUGAUUUCAAGUCCACGAAAGUUAACCAAGACAAAUGAUGAUCACAAAUCAUCCCACAAGAAUUGAUCCAUUCUAUGACUAACAUCAUAUAAAUAUAAUACUGAUAUUAAAUUUUAAUUUACGAAACAAAAACUUAUCCCCAGCCAGCCAGCCAGCCAUAUCAUGAUCAUGCAAUUAAUUAAGCAAAAUCCAUACAAAUCAUAUAACGUAGUUGCCGAUGACUGGCCCCUUUUCUGUCUCUCUAUCCUUUUAUUUUCCUUUUUCCUCUUUGGGUUUGUAAUUGCUUUCACAUUAAAUUAAUCAAUUUAAAAAAAUAUUAAUCAAAUAAAAAAAUAGACGAAUUUCUCUACCUCUCUCUCUCUCCAUGGAAUCAAUUUUGUGCAACGCCAUGUUUUCUUCGUUGAAUAGUAGCAUCGAUAUAAAUAGAGGGGAGGGAAAGCAAAGCGGUCAGGGCAGCCAAACCAGAAAACUCAUCCAUAUUUAGCACACAGAAGAAAACGGGACGACGCCAUUGGAAUAUCAUCCAAUUAAUAACACCAAUCUUUUCAA